AUGGCCGACGACACAGACAACCCACCAAACAUCCAAAUACCAGCAAAGUCGUAUGGCUUCCCGCCAGAAGCCUUUGACCUUAGACGGCUUCCCGACUAUGAUACCAAUUUUCUACCCGCUCACGACCUUGAAGCUUUUAUCCAAGCCCUCGCGGCGCCCGACUUCGUCCAAUCACCAGACGAUGCAUCAUCUAUGCGUCUCAACAGCCCAGGUCUUCACAGCCCCAGCAGUCUAGACAUUACCAAGGAUGACUACGAUCAUUCCGAAGCGCGCGCAGCCCUUGCCUCCGUUGUCGAUGUAGCUGCUCCUGGAGGAGGUAAUAACCACCAUCGCCGCACCAGCACGGGUACCUUCUUCAGCGCGCACAACGAUUGGGCGCCGGUGAGUGAAAAGGUGAUCAAAACCGAUAGAGACGAGAAGCGCAACAAGCGCGGCAAGGAUCGCAAAAACAAGAAGCCGCGCAAGGGCGUGGCGCCCCUGCGCACUCUGGUCGGGACCCGGUCAAAGGACGAGACCCGAGAGGGCUACCUGUAUAGCCUGCUAAAGUGGCCCUUCUUACUAUUUGUUAGUUUUUGGAUCGUUGGACUGGGCAUGGCCUACCUCGCCACCCGCUUUUACAUCUACUUCUACGAGCAGUUCGUCGCAUGGCGUGGGAGGCGGGAGCAGCUGCGGCGGGCGAUGCGAGCGACGGGUAACUACAAGGACUGGGUGGCGGCGGCGCGGAACAUGGACGACUUCUUUGGGAACCAGCGGUGGAAGGAGGAGAACGAUUUUGCCUACUACGACAGCAAGACUGUGAGGAGGGUGUGGGAUCAAAUGAGGAGGUGCAGGGAAAAGGCGGAGGAGGCUGGCGGCGGCAACAAUGGCAAUGACAAGAAAACGCAGCCGGUAGAGGAUCUGAAGGCGCUCAUUGAGGCCUGUGUCAAGAAUAACUUUGUGGGUAUCGAGAACCCGCGGCUAUAUAGUCAGACGUACUAUGGGACCAAGAACCUGGUGCAGAACUACGUUGAUGAAGUGGAACGAAGCAUCAAGUUCUUGAUCGACACUAAGCAGUUGACCAAGGAGCAGAAAAGGGUCAUGUUCAAGGGUAUCUGCGCCAACUACGGCCGAACAGCUCUUUGCCUCUCCGGCGGCGCAACGUUUGCCUACUAUCACUUCGGUGUCGUCAAGGCCCUGCUCGAAGUGGACUAUCUCCCCGACAUCAUCACCGGAACCAGCGGCGGCGCCCUCGUGGCUGCCCUCGUAGCAACCCGCACCAACGACGAACUCAAGGAACUCCUCAACCCAGCCCUGGCCCACAAAAUCACCGCCUGCCGCGAGCCCUUUACCGUCUGGUUCUGGCGCUGGUGGAAGACGGGCGCGCGCUUCGACUCGGUCGAUUGGGCCAAGCAAUGUGCCUGGUGGUGUCACGGCAGCCUGACCUUUCGCGAAGCCUACGAGCGCACCGGUCGCAUCCUCAACGUCUCGUGCGUGCCUUCCGACCCUCACUCCCCCACCAUCCUCUGCAACUACCUCACCUCGCCGGACUGCGUCAUCUGGUCGGCCGUCCUCGCCUCCGCCGCCGUCCCGGGUAUUCUCAACCCGGUAGUCCUAAUGAUGAAAAACCGGGACGGAUCCCUCGAACCCUACUCCUUUGGACACAAAUGGAAGGACGGCAGCCUGCGGACCGACAUCCCCAUCAAGUCUUUGAACCUACACUUCAACGUCAACUUCUCCAUCGUCUCGCAGGUGAACCCGCACAUCAACCUCUUCUUCUUCUCCUCGCGCGGAUCCGUCGGCCAGCCCGUAACCCACCGCAAAGGCCGCGGCUGGCGCGGCGGCUACCUCGGCUCCGCUACCGAGCAGUACAUCAAGCUCGACCUGACCAAGUGGCUGCGCGUGCUACGCCAGUUGGAACUCCUCCCGCGCCCGCUGGGUCAGGACUGGAGCCAGCUGUGGCUGCAGACGUUCGGUGGAACAGUGACUAUCUGGCCCAAGAGCAUCUUCAGCGACUUUUUGAAGAUCCUCAGCGAUCCGGACCCGCCGAGGUUGGCGAGAAUGAUCCACGAGGGCCAGCAGAGCGCGUUCCCCAAGGUCAAGUUUAUUGCAAACAGACUCAAAAUUGAAAGGCUGGUGGAGCGCGGAAGGAGGGAGACGAGGGAUCGGAGGAACGCCGCGAACGCCUUUACUGCUACGGGCAAUGAUGAGGGGAGUUAUGCUUCUAGUAGCAUUGUUGAUGCGAUGGGUGGUAAACAUCCUCUUGCGCCGAGCAGCUCGGGUGGGGCGGGUGAUAGGAGGGGAAGCAUUGAGAGUAUCUUGAGUGAGGAUGAUUUGAGGAGUUUGUUGAUCAAGGGGCGGGAAGGGGUGCAUACGAGUGGGGGAAGCAGUACGGGUACGGAGGAUGAGUUGACCAUGACGGAGUUGGAGGGGGAGGACGACGGAGGAACGAGUAGGGUGAGUGAGGGGGGAAGUAGAAAUAGGUACUUUGAGGGAGCUCUGGAGGAGGAGGAUGGGGCGUUGGAGGUGGCUGCUUCUGAUCAUUCGAGAACUUAACCUAGUAGGUGGUCAUUGACCUGAUACUCUGGUGGAGUUGAACUGGAAGUGAAAGUGGUUUAGAGUUGUAAACAGCCGGGAAUGCAUUAGAGCGAGUCUUGUAUCAUUACUGCACAUACUCAUAUCAACAUAUCUUAGACAGAACGCAUAUUACGG